GUGAGAUUAUGCGUGUUUACUCUCAUAUGGAGGUCUAGUGUGCGGUUUAUAGGAGGUAGAAACUUUAUUUUAUAGGUAAUUUAGGCAUCACAUGUGAUUAAAGCUUGUGAUUUGGGAUUCAGCCAAAGAUUUGACAACACUUUUUUCUGCUGGAACUGUUUGGACUUUGACAUGUCGGUGAAAAUUCCCAAACAAACUGUUCUCAACCCGACGAUUCCUAUGGGUGUAACCAUCCUGGGUGGACUCCAUCCAGGUGAGAUGGUUCUUAUUCAAGGCUCUGUUCCUGCGGAUGCUGACAGGUUUCAGGUGGACUUCAUGUGUGGCAGUAGCGUCAAACCCAGAGCGGAUAUUGCAUUCCACUUUAACCCUCGCUUUACGAAGAACCAGAUCGUGUGUAACACUUUGCAGCGUGAGUACUGGGGCAGAGAAGAGAUCCACUAUGUGAUGCCACUCAGGAAGGGAGCUGGGUUCGAGAUCAUUGUGCUAGUAGAGAAGGACAUGUACAAGGUGGCCAUAAAUGGUGCCCAUGUGCUGGAGUACAAGCACAGAAUAGAUUUGGCUAAAGUGGACACAUUAACAGUAUCUGGGAAAGUUCAGAUCCAGGCAAUUGGAUUUAUUCCAAGCACGAGUCUUACAGAAGGUGAAGGGUCAGCAGUGAAGGGUUCAGGAGCACAGGCCAGUGCCAUGCUGGAGGAUUCGGGUGACCUGUCUCUUCCUUUCAGGGGAAAGAUGGUAAAAGGAUUAAGUCUCGGACAGACCAUCACAGUCAAGGGCCAGGUUGGCAUCCACUCACACAGUUUCGGUGUAAACCUGCGUGUCGGAAACUCUGAGGACAUCGCUCUGUCCCUAAACCCUCGUCUGAAAGUGGGAGUGUUCAUUCGUAACUCGUACCUGUCAGACUGCUGGGGUCCGGAGGAGAACACCCUGCCCAGCUUUCCCUUUUCUCCUGGAGACUAUUUUGAGAUGAUCAUCAUGUGUGAGGUGCAGCAGUUUAAAGUGGCCGUGAAUGGCAUUCAUCAGCUGAACUACAAGCACCGGGUCCAGGACCUGAGCCGCAUCAAUGAGCUGGAGAUCUUUGGAGACUUGCAGCUGCUGGAGGUUAAGAUGUGGUAGCUUAUGUGGUAGCCCAGUCCAGCAUGUUGUCUGCCUAAACAGAUCUGGUAUCUAGACCCCGAGCUGGGGAUCUGGAGCUAAUCUGGCUGUUACUCUCCAUUUGUGGUUAUUUUAUCUAAUGAGCACACUAAUCAAUAAUGGGGGGUCUAAAACUUUACCUGUCUGAUUCUUUUGUUUGUUCUGCUGCUAUAAGGCUAAUGUAGCUAAGUAAUAUGGCUUUGUGCAGGCCAUGAUCCACACCAAACUCGUCAAAUAAAAAAAACAGGAAAGGAAAAUGCCUACGCCAGAUUGUUUCUGCAAAAUAAAAGAUUAGAUAUUUUUAUACCUGCUAGCAAAGGGUGAGGCUAAAACUUCUAAACAUUUUAAUUAGUAAGGGUGUCCAUAUACUUUUAGCCAUGUAGUGUAUCAGAUAAACAUCAGUGAAUCCUGCUGAAGGCUCUUUUGGGUCGAGCUUAAAGAACCUAGAUUUUAAAAUGAUUCAGGUCAAAUAUAACCUUCGUAUUGCACUUUUGUCAGAAGGAGUUUAUGAGACGAGAGCCAAGUUGGAAGUGAAAGACAGUAAUGAUGAUAUUCUAUGUGAUAAAUGAUGCUUAUAUAUUUAAUAAUUAUAAUAUUUCAGCAUAUAAAUAAUUGUAUAACAGGGCUUGCUAAUUUUUUUUAUCUGCUUUGAGGAGAGAUUUAUGUGUGUCAGGAUGUUCAUGCUGAUCAGGGAUGACGUUUGAUUCUAUGCAAGAUUUCAUCAGUCUGCAGCCUGUCUAUACAAACAAUCGUUAGUUCAAGCAAUUAAAGCCCAAAUCGAAGACCUGCAACCUUGGAGCUCCUGCAUAGAGUGUUAAAGGAACUCUAUCUAUUUCCUCGGCUGCUCCCGUUACGGCGUGAUCCGCAUUAUUGAUUUGGCACAGGUUUUACGCCGGAUGCCCUUCCUGACACGACCCUCCCUAUUUAUCCGGGCUUGGGACCGGCACUACAGUGCACUGGUUUAUGCAUCCUAGCGGCCGGGUACCUAUAGGACAAUUCAGUGUCUCCAAUUACAUCCUGGCUGCAUGUUUUUGGACUGUGGGAGGAAACCGGAGCACCCGGAGGAAACCCACACAGAAACGGGGAGAACAUGCAAACUCCACACAGAAAGGACCCGGACCGCUCCACCUGGGGAUCGAACCCAGGACCUUCUUGCUGUGAGGUGACAGUGCUACCCACUUAGCCACUGUGCCACCCAGAGUGUUGAAGGAACAAUUUGGCAUGUAUUAACAUAUACUACACCGAGUAACAUGUUAUUUGUUAGCUGGGUGGCUCGGUGGGUAUAACUGUCACCUCACAGCAAGAAGGUCCUGGGUUUGAUUCCCAGGUAGAGCAGACUGGGUCCUUUCUGUAUGGAGUUUACAUGUUCUCCCCAUGUCUGUGUGGGUUUCCUCCUACAGUACUACGAUGUGUAAGUCAGGUGAAUUGGAGAUGCAAAAUUGGUUGACUUUAACUGAUGAAUCAUGGGUAACCUGUAACUACCUGUCCUCUCAUUAAUGGAACCAAAGUGUAAAACAUCGCCUUAAAAUCCUAAUGAAUAUUUGUUUGCUAUUUAAGCUCCCUGUUACCCUUCAGACAUUGUUUAAUUAUUUCAUUAUGUCUGAGGUCAGUGGAAAUGUUAUUAUAUUUGUUGUGGUGUUCAUAGUGGUAUUGGAAAAGCAUCUUUCAAGGUUUGAGACAUGGUAUGAAAGCAUUGUUUUGCUUUUGUCUGUGUAUAAUCUGUAUGUUUUCCUAUAUAUAAUAUGUAAUGUGACUAAAAGCUCUAUAAAAAUGCACAGGUUAUACAGUUUCUGGUUUGCCUCCGUUGUGUUAACUUGGCUCUGUUCCCGACUAGCAUGAAUACAUUUGGAAAAGCUUCUUUAGUUUUGGACACAGUAGGAUUUAUGCUCCGAGGUCAAUUCGAAGGUCAUUUCCAGUAUAACACGGCUGCACGUCCUUCCUCGCUGCAUCCAUUAACUCCUCUUUGGUCCCCCUCCUGCCUGGCGGCUCCAUCCUCAGAACAUUUCUCCUCUUCUGCACACGCUCAAACCAUCUCAAUCUGGCCUCCAUAACAUCCUAGGAAUAAACUCCUUCCUCGGCUCUCCCAGCGAGAGUCUCAGCAUCUUCAUCUCUGAGACCUCGAGCUUCCUGUCCAAGCUGUACACAUAACAGACCUCAAUACUGGCCAGUAAACUUUACCUGUAACUCUAGCAGGUACCCUUCUAUCAUAAAUCACUCCUGCCUCUCUACACCACUCACUCCACCCUGCCUGCACUCACUUCUUUACCUCCACCACACCCUUAUGUGCUUAUAUAGCAUUAUAUAUUAUAUACGAUGGCACC